AUGGUUGUUUUCUUCUGUAGGGAUGGCCUGAUGUUCGAACUUGAGAAUGGGAAGCCCAAGCUCAUUUUAUUCAAUCAUGAUGCUCAGUCCAAGAAUUCCAAGAAGGUAGUCACCAGAACUAGGCCUCAAAAUGUCCUUAUUAAGUCAAAGCAGGUGUCUGAAGAGCCUGUGUCUGAGCAAUCCCACAGAGCCCAGGGACGGGGCACAGAUUCAAGGAAAAGGAUUGGUGCAGAGGCAGCAACUAUUAAACUUGAGGACCAGGUGGGUCCAAAGGCUCCUGGGAAGACAUUUUUGAAGGGAAACAGCAACAGCAAGGGGCAUUUGCAGGCCAGUGCUCCAACCAAGAAGACCGAACGAAACAAGCAUAUUCCCACCAAGGCAUCUUUAAAGGUAACACCAGAGAGCCUGAAAGAGAGCUUGGUCUGCCUGACCCAGGAUCAGCUGCAGCAGAUUCUCAGCACCAUCAGCCAGUCCUCAGGUACCAGCAAUCAAAAACCAGAACGUGGGGGAGACUCAAAACAAGACAGCCAUGUCAGUCAGACAGCAACAGCAGGGAGUGGUGAUGCAGCGUCAAAAGGCAGCCCAUCCGCAGCCUCUCCGUGUACAUAUAGUGCCGGGAACGGGAGCACAGCGGACAGCAGGAAGGAUGAGAGGACGACUCUGAAUGGGACGCUGCCCGGUAUCUUCAGCACCUUGGGAGAGAGAGAGAGGGAGAAGGAAGCUCUGGAAGCCAAGAGGGCACAGUGGAAGAAGGAGCUAGAUGAACAGAUGGCUCUGAGACAACAGCAAAAAAAGAGUCCACAGUCCUCUGUGGAUUAUAACCCAUGGGGGAGGCCCAGUGCUGCUGAUACUUGUAAACACAACUCUAGGGACACCCAAAAGAAGGUGGAAGAGGGAGGGAUAACCAGGACAGCUUCAGGCUUGGAGGACAACAGUGCACAGUCCACAGCACCGGGUUACUACAACCAGCAAGACCUUCCAGCUGCCAUCCGCUCUGCUUUUGUCCCGGGGGAAGCCACUCCGGUGGAGCACGCCUUCAGUGCCAAGAAGCAGGAGCUGCAAAGGCGCUGGCUGCAGGACCUGGACCAGCAGAGGGAGGAAGCCAAACUUCGCAGGAUGCAGGAGAAGCAGGAGCACAGCCAGGCUGAGGACCACGAGCGCUGGGCCAUGCACUUUGACUCUCUCCAGAAGAGGGCGCCCUCCCAGCCAGAACUACCAGCCCGCUCUAUCACCCACCAGAUGUCGCCCACGGGUGUGCUGUCAGUGGCUUCAGAAGGCAUGAGCCCUUUCGGAGGGGACAGUCUGGGCAGGGUGAGCGUGGACACCACCAGAGGAGUCCCACAACGGGCCAGCUAUCUCCGUACCAUGACGGCUCUCCUGGACCCAGCCCAGAUCGAGGAGAGAGAGAGGAAGCGCCUGAAACAGCUGGAGCAUCAGCGUGCCAUAGAGGCGCAGGUGGAGGAGAGGAGGCGUCACCGGGAUCGGGAGGAGGCGCUGCGGCAGGCGGAGGAGCAGGCGGAGGAGCAGAAGGUGGCCCGGGAGAGGGAGCUCCUCCAGGCGCAGUACCAGCUGGACACACAGCGGGAAAGGCAGAAGAAGGAGCUGCAGUCACGGAAGACUGAGGAGCUUUACUUGAGUGUACAGAGGGCCCAGCAGGAGGCGCUGAGGGACAAGCAGCAGCAGAGGAUCCGCAAGCUGGCCAGGAAGGGUCACGACAUCUCCAAGCUGCUGCACAGCGUCGAGGGAGAAUCUCUCCAGGGACUCGACAGCAGGGACACACCCAGUAUCUCAGUCGAUAGCAUGACCAUAAGGGAGGCAGCGACCCCUAACGCAGAGGCUCUCAACAUGCUGUCCUCAAGAAAAGACGCCGCAGUGCAGACCGAUGUUGGCAGACCAGGUAUGGGAACCACAGUGGGCACGGCCACAGUAACGGCAGGCCGAGGCACAGUCGCCCAGACCCCAGACAUCCCAGCCGAGUACAGGCCCCCUCCCAACACCAAAAAGCAGAAGAGGGACACCCGUCCGGCGGAGAGGAACCCAGGGGCAGGGAAGGAGAACGUGUGCCGGGAGAACGGGGGCACCGGGGGGGACCCGUACGAAGCGUUCGCCCGCACGGACCGGCGGCAGAGAGCGGGGAGGAGGGCAGAGUGGAACUCGCAGAGGCCCGGGAAGGCCUUCGUGCCCGCCUCGGAGCGCUACCCCGCGGGCCUGCAGAGGCACCGGCAAGAGAGCCGGCUCCGCAGGCAGAUGGAGCUGCUGACGCUGGUGGAGAAGAACGCCCUCUCCAGGCCCGGCAACAAAGAGCCCUCCCACACCACACAGCCCCAAAACAGGCACAAACCCCUCCCACAGCAAAAGGAGGAUCAUUCUCACCAAAGUCAGCCCCACCCUAUGGCUGCCCACGUGGAAAACAGGGUGUGCUCUCCUCCAGUCCCUGCACUAAAACACAGACUUCAACAGCAGUCUCAGCAGCCCAUCCGUCCUCCCACACAAGGGCCUGGCGAGACAGAAGAGCACCCCCCAUCCUCAAACUUCAUCCCUUACGUGCGGACAGACGAGGUGUAUCAGCUGGACCCCCUGGCCCCGCUCUCCAGACCCUCUACUCAGGAGUCCCGUCCACGGGUGCAGCCAGGGGUUGACCACGGCCGGCCUACUCCCCCUCCCCCCGAGCGCGACCCUCUCUUGCACCCAGAGCUGCUGAAGAACAAGGAGAGACAGCAGGCCAUCCUCAAGGGCCUCUCAGAGCUGCGUCAGGGCUUACUGCAGAAGCAGAGAGAACUGGAGACAGGACUCAAUCCGUUACUAUUGGGCCAGGAUGGAAACCUUUCACCCCACUUCCAGCAAAUGUGAUCAGACAAUCCCGUUUUCUCUGAUCCCAGAGCCAGCACGAAAUGAAGGGAAUGAACUGCACUUUACAGGAGCCGACCAGCCCUUUAUAACUUGGGAUUGCACUGACGACUGAAACCUUUGCACAAUCAUUAUUUCUCUAUGGGAUGAGCUCAAAGCAGUAUUUAAGCUAUCAAUGAGUGUCUGUGUGUGAGUGGAUACAUUUUUCUAUUAGGUAUUCGUUUGAUGCAAAAUCUUGUAAUUGAAGGGCCGCAGGAUGUUAUAAUUACUUGAAGUUUGAGACUUGAACCUGUACUACUGAAAAUGACCAUUUGCACCUCUAAUCAUGUUUGUGGUACGAGACGUACGUAAGUAAUUUUUAACAAUGUAAUCUUGUUUAAAUAAA